CGCCGCGGGUGUCGCGGACUCCCCCAUGCGUGUCGCGCUGUCACCUACCCCCCUCCGCCAUGUGUCCCCUCGUUUGUCACCCCGCGGGGGUGCUGAGCAAUGGCGGGGGCGGGGCGCGCCCUUCUCAGGAGUGUGGCAACACCAGCGGCAACUUUCUUCCUUCCUUCCUCCCUUCCUCUCCGCCGCCCGCAGCGCCCGGAGCCGGGGGUCCCGCUGGAACCGGGGGUAGCACCGGGGCCGGGGGUCCCAGAGAGCCGGGGCUGUCACAGCGGAGGCAGGGGCGUCACAGGAGCCGGGGGUCCCAUAGGAGCCGGGGUAGCACCGGAAUCGGGGGUCCCAGCGGAACCGGGGGUCCCAGCGGAACCGGGGGUCGCACCGGAGCCGCGCUCGCACCGGAGCCGGGGUCCCAGCGGAACCGGGGCUCCCAUGGGUGAGCGCUGCCCGGGGACCCCGCGCACGGCCCGGAGGGGACGCGGAGCGCCCGGCACGGCCGGUGCCACCGGGAGGGGUCCCCAAGGCUCGGGGGGCGCGGGCGGGGGGCUCCGGGUGGCCGCCCUCAGCCUCGCCCUCCUCUUCCUCCGCGCAGAGGCCGAAGGCUUCGCCCUCUGCCACGCGCCCGCGCUGCAGACCAAGGUGUUCCAGUACCGGCUGUGGGACGUGAACCAGAGGUCGCUGUACCUGCGCGAUGACCAGCUGGUGGCCGGGCACCUGCAGGGCGCCAACGCCGCGCUGGAAGAGAAAGUGUUCUGGGUGCCCAACCGCGCCCUGGAGCCCGCCCGGCUGCCCGUGAUCCUGGGAAUCCGGAGCGGCUCCCGCUGCCUCCGCACCGAGCGCGGCCCCGGCGGAGAGCCCCGGCUGCGGCUGCAGGACGUGGACAUCCGGGAGCUGCCCCGCGCCGGUGACAGCGCGGCCGCCUUCACCUUCUUCCGCUCCUACCGGGACGGGCUGUGGCGCUUCGAGUCGGCCGCGCACCCCGGCUGGUUCCUGUGCACGUCCCCGCGCGGCCACCAGCCCCUGGCGCUCUGUCGCCACCGCGAUGUCACCUCCCACCUGCUCGACUUCUACUUCCAGCUCUGCUGAGCGGGGCCCCAGCGUGGUGGCAUCUUCCUGGGGAGGGUGGCAUCACCCCCAGGAUGGUGACAUCCCUCUGGGGAGGUGACAUCCCCCCCAGGAUGGCGACAUCCUCACCCAGGGAGGGUGACAGCCCCGCUCCUCGGUGACAUCUUCCCAGGACGGUGACAUCCAUCCGGGAGCGCGCCAUCCCCUUGGGGACAGCGACAGCCAUCCCCCGGUGUGGUGCCACCCCCUCGGGGCGGUGCCAUCCCCCUGGGGACAGCGACAUCCCCCCGGGGGCCGGUGCGGGAAUAAAGAGAUGC